AUGUCGUCGCUUAAGAUACAAGAGUUAUCCAGCUCUAGCAAGGACCUGGUAGAUAGUAAACCAGUUAAAAAAAACCCGUUUGCUAGGAAAACAGCUACUACGGUGAGGCGAACAGCAGAGGAAGUAUAUCCCUCAAGGAGAGGUUUGAACAAACUAGAUUUUAUUGGAGAUAAGCCUAUCGAUAAGUUGUUUCAAAAAUUGGACCAAAUACUAGAUGCUCCUUGUGAAAAAUUAACUGUCGGCUUGUUAUUUGAGAGGAUCUAUGGUAACACGGUUGCUGUCAGUAGCGACGAAAGUAGCAGCGGCGGUAGUAGCGGCGGCGGCAGCGGCAUCAGCAUCAGCAGCAGCGGCAGCAGCAGCAGCAUCGACUCAAGGUACAAGGUUGUCGACUACUUAAUGAGCUGUUUAUCGGAUUUGCAAAAAGCGUCUUUGCAAUCGGUUAUGGCAAACAAGUCCUUAAUGACCAUAUCUUUGCAUGAUAUAAAGACUUUUAGCAAACUAGUCAAUACAAUUUUAAUUUUGGGAGUAUAUCCAGCAUUAAACAGGUUUAAAAUAGGGAUACCAUUUGAAAAGAGAAAUUUGAAGGAUCUUGCAAAUAACACCAAACCAAUUGUAAUUGACCAUUUACCACUGGAUUCGGUUUUUGCAAUCAAACUAUUAACCUUGAUUUAUAAUCAAUUUUAUAUACUAUUCAAAACACCUUCCGAUGUUACUGAUUUGUUGAAAAGGGGCACCGGACUAUCUGAUUUCAUAACCAUAGCAUUAGCUUUACAAACCAUACCAGGAAUCGACCAUACCAAAUUUACCAAUGAUUACCCUAGUGUUGAAAAAAUCCCCGACUCCUAUGAAUUAUUCCAAACAUACUCCUUACUUUUAACCACGCCUUCUCCAAGCUAUUUCAAGCAGUUUAUUAUGCAACGUAUUCAAAGGCUUCCUUAUGAUGCCCCGAGAAAAGAUGGUUUACUAUCAUUGAUCGAGUUCAUUUUGGGAUUACGUGACCUGGAUGAGAUUGAUAUCACAAAAUUUGAUCAUGUGGCAAACGUUAUCCUUCUGAAACCAAAAGAUAUACCAACAAAAGAAUAUUUCGCAUCUAUAGGACAUCAGUCUUUUGAUCUUUUGGUGAAUAUUAACAGGCCAACUGUUGCAGCUUGUGUUACAUACGUUAUUGAAAAAUUGUGGAAUAAAAACAAGCUUGUAGUUGAAGAUUUCUUUUUGCAAAGAAUUUGGAACUCUUUGAAUCCAAAAAGUGAUGAUGAAAAUGUGAAUGUGAAUGUGGAUGAGAAUGAGAAUGAGAAUGAAAAUGUGUAUGCGUUGGUGAGUGAGAAAAAGCUCAACAAUGUCAUAAAUGUUUUAUUGUCUAUGUCCAAAAAGGGAUUAGAAGCCAGUCUUUAUCAAGCAGUCAUGGAGCCGGUGAUUGUUCCGCUUUGGGGAUAUUACUUGUUUCUCAAACAGAAUGGGAAACCAAUUGAAAUUGUUACAAACAUUAUGACAAGCUAUUUUACAGUGAUGAAGGAUUUCGAUGAUAGCAAUUUGGCAGGAGUGGACCUUAUAGCAAAGAACCUUUUAUUCAGUGGAGGAGACAAUUGGAUGUUUGAGAUUGGUCCUAAUAACUUGACUCAAAUUAUUCAAAGAAAAGCAGAGUUUUCUUCUGAAAGCAAAGAGAUGAAACUCACCAAGUUUAUUGAUAAUUUGGACUUUGCCUGCAGAAAUUUUGUAAAGCUCUUGGAAAAUGUGGAUGAUGAAAUAGUACAGGCAUUGUUUAUUACGAUCCUCAAACAAUGGUUUACAAAAAAGUCAGCAACAACAAGAACAACAUUCGUAUUAGCAGAUGAUGAGAACCCCUUUAUAAAGCUCGUGGACCUAAAAUUGUUGGAAAGUAUUGGCCAUAAGUUUAAGGACAGUUUAGCAAGAACUCCUUAUGAGAUGCUAAGCAUUGUUGAUAGCUUUCUAAAUACAUCAUUUAGCAACAAGGAGGAUGAGGAUGAGGAGAGGGAGGAGGAGAAGGAAGGAAAGACAGUCGACUCUGAUGAUGAAGAAGAAGAAGACGACGCAAAGGAUAUCAACGAUUUUUUACCAAUUUUAUUAGAGCUAUUAUCAGCAAUAUUAUCAGAGGACGAUCUUGUUAUUGACGAAAAAUGCACAAAACUACUAGCUGAUAUUAAAACUUGUUUGAUGCAUAUGAAGGACCAAAGUUUAAACGUGAAUGUCAAAAAUUCAGUUGAAUCGCUUGCACAAAGGAUAGCUAAUAUUCUCAACGGAGAUUUUUCCAUCUCAAGCGAGUUGGAUGCACAGAAGCUCAUGUUGAACCGAGCAAUCACCAGUUUGAAUGAUCCCCUUGUGCCAAUCCGUGCCCACGGAUUGUACUUGUUGAGGCAAUUAGUGGAGUCACAGAGUACAGUCAUUUCAUUGGAUUUUGCAAUCAAUUUGCACUUGGUUCAACUAAAAGAUCCUGAACCAUACAUAUACUUGAAUGUUAUAAAAGGUUUAGAAAGUUUAAUAGAAUGGGAAGAGUUGCCAGUACUAAAAAUCUUGUGUGAUUUAUACACCAAUAGUGAAACAGACUUAGAUGAGAGGUUACGAAUUGGAGAGGUUAUUCUCCGAUAUAUUCAAGUGGCUAAUGAGAAGUUUGUUGGCGAAUCUGCAAAUCUAGUAGUGGCUACCACAUUAGUUGUUAUCCGAAAACACGGCGAUGAUGAUGAUAGAGUUCGAAUGUCGGCAAUGUCCUUAUUAGGCGUUUGCUGUAAAGUGAACCCGCUUGGCUUAAUUGGAAGUUUGGACGAUGCUCUUGAUUGUGCUAUUGGAAUUUUAAAUCUCGAAAAGACUGUUGAGAAAGCUGUAAUGAGGAGAGCAGCUGUUAUGCUUAUACAGGAUUUGAUUUUGGGAACUUCUGAAACGAAUAAGGUUGAGUUUCCUGAAAAGUAUAGAGAGAAAGUGGUUGUAUUGUUGCGAUAUAUUGUUGAUACUGAUAAUGAUAUAUUUGUAAGAGAACAAGCUCAAAAAGUUCUAUCCUUGAUCCAGGAGCUAGCAAAGUUGGCAAUACAGUUGGCCGAGGAGGAGGUGUUUAUGAAGAAGAAGAGCAAUAACUACCAAAACCAUUGA